GUGGUGAUUGAGACUAUACUUGGUAGGGAGGACUCGCGUUCGAUCCCCCGCAACAACAAUUGGGAGGGGAAUGGAACCUAACCACCUAAAAUUGAUCCCCAAAUCCGGAUUAGUCCAAAGGGUGAACCGUUUGGAACACAAAAAAAAAACUCUCAUAAGUUUAGUUUAUUUAUUUAUUUAUUUUUAUUUUUUUUAAUAACCUCCCUUUAAUAACUUCCAUAUUUUUUUUUUAAAAAAAACUUCCGCCUUUCUUAUGGAGUAUUAUUUUUCCUCUCUAAUUAUACAUGUUAUAUGUAUACCGUUUACCGUAAAUAUUUAGCAUUAUCAAAUUGAACCACACAUAUUUGAACUUCAAAACGGUCUCAAUCGUUGGUGCAUCUUCAAAAAACCACCAAACCAGCACUGCACCACGUCUCAACCUCUCCAACAGGGAAACUUUCGAACUACCAGAAUCAAAAAUUAAAAAAAAUAAAGUUUCCCGAUUAGUCCAACACUCAAUAUUCAAAAAAAAAAAAAAAAAAAUUCCGGAAGAUGAGCAACAUGAUGAAGCUACCAACUAGUUUACGAUGCUCAAUUCUCCCAUUAUCACGCUUCAAUUCAAGCACCAUUUCCCCCAAACUCCUCCUCCUUCCUUUUCCCAACUCCGUCGCAUUCAAUUCUUCCUCCGCCGCUCCUUUUCUCUCUCCUCGCCGCACUCUCACCGCCGUUUCAAUGGCUUCCUCUUCUCAGAAAGUUGCUGCUGGAACUGCUAUUGAUGAUGUUGAAAUUCUUCAACGUAUUCAAUCUCACCAGGAAAAGGCUGCUAGGCUUCCACCAGUGGAAGAAAUUCGAACUGUUCUUUCAAAUACUACUCGCGGCAUGCUUUCUACUUUUUCUAAGAAAUACGAUGGUUACCCAUCAGGAUCAAUGGUAGACUUUGCUUGUGAUGUUGAUGGAUCACCAAUCUUGGCAGUCAGCAGCUUGGCAGUUCACACACAGGACUUGUUAGCCAAUCCACAGUGCUCACUGCUUGUAGCAAAAGAUCCAGAAGACAGGACUGAUUUAGUUAUAACUCUCCAUGGUGAUGCAGUUUCUGUCAAUGAACAAGAUAGAGAAGCUGUUCGAAGUGCUUAUUUGGCUAAACAUCCCAAUGCUUUUUGGGUUGACUUUGGUGACUUUCAAUUUAUGAAGAUCCAACCAAAAGUGGUGCGGUACGUAUCUGGGGUGGCAACCGCCUUAUUGGGAUCUGGAGAGUUCAGCAGGGAGGAAUACAGUGCAGCAAAGGCAGAUCCAAUAUCUCAGUUCUCCAAGCCAAUAGCGUCACAUAUGAAUAAGGAUCAUGAAGAAGAUACAAAGCUGAUUGUAAAGCACUCUACUACCAUGCCGGUGGAUUCUGCUUAUAUGCUGGAUGUAGACCAUCUAGGUUUCAAUGUCAAGGUUAGCUAUAUGAAGAAAACUUACAAGCUUCGAAUUCCAUUUCCUAGACCAGCAGCUGAUAGAAAGGAUGUGAAGACACUUAUAGUUGAAAUGCUUCAAGCGGCGAAGUCAAGCUAUUAAAACUUGUGUCUCUCAAGAGAAAAUUUGUUCUACAUUAUGCUCUAGCUCAUCCCUUCCUAUCUUUCCAUCCUUGGCCAACAAGGGGUGUCCUUUGCCUAAACCUCGGGCAUAACUAAAACACUGUCCAAGAACCUUCACAUAAGCUUCUUCAAGAGUAAGAUUAUCGACCCUCUUUUCUCCAAUUUCUUUCUCAUGUAACUGCCUAAAUUCAUUGAACUUCACCUCAAUCUCAUCGUCAAACUUCCCAUUUUUAUACCUAUAAGAAACUCAUAAUUUUGCAAUAAAGGAAAACAAAGUGUGCAUGCAUGGUACAAGUACUCAUUUACCUUUCUUACUUGUCCUAUAGAUGCAAAUACAUUGGAUCAUCAUUAGCUAGUGAUGAUUCAGUUACAUUUGAACUAGAAGCAUUAAUUUCAGUAACCUCAUUCUAAUCAUCACGCUGACUUACAGUCUUUGCCUCAAGUUCCUAGAAAAAUGCUUACAUACACUUAUUAUUUGGAAUUUUUUCUUCACAAACACACUCAUGCUACUAUCCAGACGGUAGUAAGCUGCAUGAACCUUUGAUAAAUUAUUAAGUUCUAUAUGAAGCUCGCCUAGUCAUAAAUUAUGUGAUCUAUUGAUUUCGCGCCACAUGGUGACUUGAUCGUCAUUGCAAAAGCAGUUGCCCGAUUCUUCUCACUCCUCUCCAAAAGGUUACAAAAUAGCAUAUUAGAUCAGUAAAGGGGAAGAAAUGUCAACUGCAAAAUUUUGAUUACAAGAGCAUUCCCAUUACUUGCCUCUGUUUAGGAGAGCUCUAAUAAUUAUAAACAAGUCACUUCGGUCAAUUUUAUUAUAAGUGGACAAGCACGCUCUGCCUUUUUGAAUUUACAACCGAAGCACAUUUUCAAAUCACACUAUCUUUCCACUAUAAAUACUCCUUAGAUUGUGGUGAUGGAAAUGUGCUCACUAUUAAUAUUAAAAAUGCCGAAUUCAUCUUGAAUUCGGAUUAGUUUGAUGGGGUUGUCGGUAUUCUCGAAAGUAUAGCCCCUGAUUUGGCUAGCUUGAGGCUUACUCCUUAUAAUGCUUUAGAUAUUUGGCAACAAUGUCCACUUACGUCAAGUAGACAUUGAGGUCUACUACUGUUUGAAACGAACCCCGGAAGGUAUGAAUAUUCUUCAUAUUUGUAUUGUUCCAUAUCCAUUGUUGAAAGUACCAAUGGAAGCUCCAAUUGGUGCACGAAUGUACUUGGGAGACUUAGGUUGGACACAUUAAAUAGUUGCCGCGUUAAUGAACCAAUUAGCUAAAGAACAAAAGCUAAUUAAUAAACAUGAACCGGCCAUUAUACCAGUAAUGUUCAUAGCUGCUCCUUUCCAAGAUAGAAUAAGGAGGUCCACUUUAAUUGUUUUGGAGUUGCACGACUAGUUCCAAACAGUCACUCCUCCAACGGUACAAGACUUGUAACUUACGGUGCGUAUAGUUAUCGUGAACUUAGGUAAGAGAACCUAAUGAAAACACCGAGGAUGGAGGUUGAUUAUUAGCUCUCAACUUUAAUUGUAAGCAUCGAAUUUGUUAAUCAGGGAUAUAAAUAUAUGUAAAAAUUAUCCUAGACUAGACCUAGACAUUAUUCUCACGGUAAAUAAAAGCUCAUUUCUCAUAAUGUGGUGGCUAUUUAACGUGUUUGUUCCAAGUGCAUUUCAUGCAUCAAUUGGAGCUCCCAUUGAUACUUUCGGCAAUGGUUCUUACAUGAUACGAAUAUGAAGAAUAUUCAUUCCUUCCGAGUUUCAUUUCUAACAAUAGUAGACCUCAAUAUCUACUUGACGUUAGUGCCUAAUAUCUAAAACAUUAUAAGGAGUAAGCCUCAAGUUAGCCAAAUCAGGGACUAAACUUUCGAGAAUACCGACAACCCCAUCAUGUUGAUCCGAAUCUAAGCUGGAUUCAGCAUUUUCAGUAGUAAUAGUGAGCACAUUUUUUCACCACAAUCAAAGAAGUACUUAUAGUGGAAAGAAAGUGUGAUUUGAAAAAAUUCAUAGAGUUGGAGCGCACUUGCCCACCUACAAUAAAAAUUGACCAAUGGAAGUGACUUGUUUAUAUAUUGGAGCUCUCCUAAACAUAGGGUAAGUAUUGGGAAUGCUCAUGUAAUCAAAAUUGUGCAAUUGACAUUUUUUUCCCCUGUACUAAUCUAAUAUGCU